CGACAUCCUCUCUCCAGCACCCGAGAUCUUAGCCGAGCGGCAGGUGGUGUAGUGUGGCGAAGUGUGGCGAAGUGUAGCAGAGGUGUGUGGUCACGGGGAGUCUCUGCCAUGCUGGGUACGACCGCUGGAGACGAGUUAGCCAAAAAAUCGCCGGGUUGUUUCUCAGUCAUAAGUGGUGCAAGGUGUGGUGAUGGCGUCCCACUGUUCGCCGACGUCUCUGCAGCAGGCGUGUGAGGUGGCCGCUGCGGCGUGGCUGGUGCAGUGGUCUGGACUGGUAGGCCAAGUGACCGCCCGAGCCUCCGCCCCUUACAGACAGCCUCUUCCACUCAGGGACUCGGCGGCACUUCCCGGGGUUCAGAGCGGAGGCAAGAGUCUCCUCUCCUCUACGGCGAGCUGUGACAUUUCCCGCGCCUGUAGAUGCAGAGCUUCUUCCCUGAAGGCUGGACUGCAGGUUCACAAGGGAGCGGAAGUGAGGUCGUCGAAAACUUCGGGGCGUAGUAAAGCCCCUAGAACGACUCCCAUCUUGCAGUACGAGGAGCCUCAUUCUGCCCCGAGUCACGGACUGAACGAGACAGCUGUGAAUCUUUUCCAUAGCCACGCACAACCCUUCACCGACGGCACUUGCUCUUUAGAUCGCCCGUCUCCACGCAGCACACAAGCUUUAAGUUUCCCCACGUUGAUAAAAACAACUACCUCAACCGACCUUUGUAGAGAUAUAUAUAAUAACAUAGUUAGUGAAAAUGUAACACAGUGUUCUUCAUUCUUUAAAAGCCACCUGCCUCCUCUUCUGAUCAACCAAAUCCUUAGCACCGCCUGGAGGCUGAUGUCCCAGCAGGUCACCCUCGGAGGUCGACUCGAGGCUGUCCCCGAGUACCAGGUGGUUGACUGGGUGCGGCGGGCUCCCGUGUUGCUGAGAGUGGCAGGGGCUCUGGCACGACGCUCCUUCCCGCUCGAUCUUUCAGGUGUCCCCGAAACUUGUCUUGACGCGCUGAUGGCAGAGAUAAAUGAAAAACUGCCUCCGGAUCAAGUCAAUAGAUUGGUGCUCCCGAAGGCCAAGUUCAAGUCUUGUAAAUCCGCUGUGCUAGAGUGCCAAGGCAUUUUACUACAGUUCCUGAAGAAAACUAAUCUCGCAAGCCUAACGCUUCAUUCAGAACUCUGUGAUAACUCAGCCCUUGAGACUAUUUCUACUCUGUCACUACAGGAACUUGAUAUUGGCAGCAGUACAGUUACAGAAGAAGGUAUAAUCAAUAAGUUGUGUGGCUUGCCAUUUAAAACAGGUAGUGAAGUAGUUGAGGCCCUUAGAGAUUGUCGGUAUUCAUCAACACACCUCAGUAAGUAUCUACGGAAAUUUAGCAUGUCAUUUCAGAACAUCUCAUCUCCAGUCUAUCACCUCAUCUUAGUACUGUUUCCAGAGUUACAUUUUUACAAUCCUCACAGGGACAUCAAACCAUGCAUCCGUGAAUAUGUAAGACUUGGGUUAUCACUGGAAAAAGAACAUGGUAGCACAACUGCAAGAAAACUUAAGUUGCAGAAGAUUUCCUUAGGUAAUGCCACAAGGUCUGAAAUUUUGGAAGUUAGUAGGCUCUGUCCAUCUACAACAGAAAUAUCGCUGAAUGUUGAACUGAACGCCGAGGAGACCCUUAAUGCAUUAGAAUCCUUUGCUCAGCUGACAGACUUUAAACUAAGUUAUUAUCCAUCCUUUGCUUCUUCGGCUCCUAAACUCAAUGGGUCUAUUCUAUUGCCACUUCUCCUGACUUACAAAAACCAGAUCAACAGUCUCAGUCUUACAGGCUUUAACAUAUCAGACAAAUGCCUGCAUGAACUUUCUCAGCUACCUGAACUAAAGUCUUUGUCAAUGGCAGAUUGUUGGCUGUCAAAUCCAAAAGGUCUUUCUCCAGACCCAUUUUCCAGUUUGGAGAAGCUUAGCCUGCAAUUUCUGCCACCAAAUUCAACAAUGCAUCUUCUCACAUCUAGUAAAAAAUUACAUAGCCUUAGUUUAGACUUUGUUGCUUCAGAAUGGGAAGGCAGUGCUCUCUCUGAUACCCAUGUGAAACAGCUUGUGAUCUCUGGAAAGCUAAAUGCGUUACAGUCAUUCACUGUUGCUUCACCCUAUUUGACUUUGGCCUCUGUUAAGAGCCUGACACUCCUUCCAACCCUCAGGAGCGUGGGCCAUCUUGCUCGCUGGGGACUCACUGAUGAGGAACUUCAUUGCAUUAAUCAUUCUGGACCUCCUCACCUCAUCUGCAUGCAAUAAUUUGUUUGGGGGUAAAUCAUUCCCUUACCAUGUUUAGGAUAAUCCUACUGAAAGGAUGAUUAACUUUCCUGUGAUAUAUAUGAGUAUACAUAAGUAAGAGGCAAUACCCCAUAUAAUAUAUCAGGGUAGAUUUAAUGUUAACUUGUUACAUUUAAAACAUACCAUUUUUCUCAUAUUAUACACAAACAUAUAUUUUUUCCAUAACAUUAUAGUGUUUCAUGCUUCACCGUCAUUGCAUACAAACAGUUUACAAGAAUUUUGGUCUUCCCCUACACUCUUGCUGCUACUGUGGUAAACAAAUGCAAAGUUAAAAUUGCAGUUUUAUCUUAUACUCAUUAUUAAAGUAGAGUAACAGUAUGUGAUAAUUUUUUUGGCAGAGGCAAGAAAAUGAAACUAAUUUCUUUACUAAUAUGAUACUGUUAAGAUGAUGUUACAGUUACAUGAUAAUUGUGUUAAUUUUAAGUUUAUCUUUGGCAACAGACAGGUGAAUGAAUACCUGACCAACUAGAUUAAGCAUGUUACUGAUGUGAUAUCAAUGUAAUGUGAU